CAGGAGCUGACUGCCUCCAGAGGGGGGCAGUAACACGCUGAACCUGAGAGAAAAGUGUUGUCGCGGAACCUUCUUGUUUGGCAGUUGAGCUCUACGGAACCAUUUCACUCAAACACCAUGAUGGCGUCUCUGAUGGAAACACAUGUUGAUACAUCUGGGGCUAAUGAAGAGCCCCAGUUUGAGGAUAACGAUGACCAAAGUGAUUCUGUUGGAGGGAGCAACGAUGAAAGGUCAGAUGAUGAAGCGAGUGAUGGAGGAGAUGUCGAAGAUGGCGACGGAGGCAGUGAUGGGGAGGAUGCAGAUGAUACAGAUGGAGGAAAGAAUGAAGGAGAUGAUGGUACUGCCAAUGCUGGAUGGGCAGAGGCUAUGGCAAAAAUCCUGGGGAAGAAAACCUCUGAGAGCAAUAGCUGCAUCCUGGUGAAGAACAAAGAGCUGGACAAGAUAAAGGAGAAAGAGAGACAGGAGCAGCUGGAGAGAAAGAAACAGGUUGACAAGAAGCGAGUGUGGGAGAUGAUGUGUCGGGAGAAACCAGACAAGGUGAAGGACCGUGAGACUGAAAGAACUCUACAAAGAGUUGCGACCAGGGGGGUGGUGCAGCUGUUCAACGCAGUGAAGAAACACCAGAAAACAAUUGAUGCCAAGGUGAAGGAAGUUGGUGGCUCAGAGAGGAAGAAGGCCAAGUUUCUUUCAUCUGUCUCUAAGAAAGACUUCAUUGAUGUGCUAAGAAGGACAGAGGGAGGCAGCGAAGUCACCAGCAAGACUGAGAAGGUCACUGCUGCAGCAGCAGAGGAGAAGCCUGCCUGGAGCGUCCUCAGAGAUGACUUCAUGAUGGGAGGCACCAUGAAGGACUGGGACAAAGAGAGUGACGCAGAGGACCCUGAUACACACUCGCAGGGGCAGGUGGAGGAAAGUGAUUCAGAGUGACACCAUCCAGACAGGCUGAAGAGACUGUGUCCGUCCAGCUGAGGGCUUCGGGGACAUUCUGGGAAACAGAAACCCUGACCUGAGGAGAACAGCUUGAGCCUCAGGAACAUUCUUCCCAUGUCUGGAAAUGAACACAUGUAGCAGAUACCUUGUUCUUGAUCAGUCUGUGGGCUGAACAAUGAGGAGAUGGAGAAAAUCUGAAAAUUGUCCUUUACUGAUACACAGGAAAACGGCUUUAUAAGCAUCUCACGUUCUGAUCUUUGUUGCUUAAUAUAUUGUGCAGAGAAGGGAAAAGGCAAGGGACUGUAAGAUGUCAAAAACUGGACGAUCAGAAAAGGUUGUGACAGAGAAGGAGCCUGGAGGAUCUCAACAAAGCUCCUGACUGUGAGGCGCAGCAGACGAUGAGCUCCUGUCCUCCUUCAUGGAUUCUGCUUCAGUUUUGCGCCAGUUUUUUUUCUGCAAACUGUUUUAGUAAUGAAAGACCUGUGAUGGUUUCGACUCUGUAUAUAGGAAUCUUUUAUACAGUGCUGGUUAAAUAAACAGCCAGUGCAUGUGUCACCUUCAA